GAGAGCUUCGGUCAGCCUGCUACCGCUGCAGGAAGGCUGCGGUCAGCCUGCUACCGCUGCAGGAAGGCUGCGGUCAGCCUGCUACCGCUGCAGGAAGGCUGCGGCCAGCCUGCUACCGCUGCAGGAAGGCUGCGGUCAGCCUGCUACCGCUGCAGGAGGCUGCGGCCAGCCUGCUACCGCUGUAGGAGGCUGCGGCCAGCCUGCUACCGCUGCAGGAGAGCUGCGGCCAGCCUGCUACCGCUGCAGGAAGGCUGCGGCCAGCCUGCUACCGCUGCAGGAAGGCAGCGGCCAGCCUGCUACCGCUGCAGGAAGGCUGCGACCAGCCUGCUACCGCUGCAGGAAGGCUGCGGCCAGCCUGCUACCGCUGCAGGAAGGCUGCGGCCAGCCUGCUACCGCUGUAGGAGGCUGCGGCCAGCCGGCAACCGCUGCAGGAAGGCUGCGGCCAGCCUGCUACCGCUGCAGGAAGGCUGCGGCCAGCCUGCUACCGCUGAAGGAGGCUGCGGCCAGCCUGCUACCGCUGUAGGAGGCUGCGGCCAGCCUGCUACCGCUGUAGGAGGCUGCGGCCAGCCUGCUACCGCUGCAGGAAGGCUGCGGCCAGCCUGCUACCGCUGCAGGAAGGCUGCGGCCAGCCUGCUACCGCUGUAG